AUGCCCCCAAAGAGAAAGGCUGCGUUAGCUAAUCGGGCAAUACAAUCCACAUCUAAGCGUAGUCGUGUCAAUGAUGAGCCCCUUCCGGAGCAGAGGUCCAACAGCGCUAGCUCUUCAAAUGCCCCUCCAGUGUCACUUUCACCUGAUGCAAUUCUGAAGCUGGUCAGAGAGGCAUUUCAUAAAGGCCUUGAGGAAGGUAGGCAUGGUACCUCUUCAGCAGAUCCUGCCAAUACACAUGUACUACCAUCGACAUGCAGGGGAGAUUCAGUGCAUACUGACAGAGACUUUACCAUGGAACAGAAAAACGUCGCUGGCUCUACACUGUCUACAACAGGAUUUUCAUCAGCAACACCGACCCUGGCAACCCAGACAGCAAUAAGUGUGUCCAUUAUUUCAGGUGUUGUUAUGGCCUCAGCAGUACAGAACAAAUCUUUGUCAUGGGGCCUGAUUGAAUGGGAGCUGUGGCAAGAUGCUAUGAAACUCCGUAACAAACCAAGCUCAUCAUCUCCCCAUGGCCAGCUCCUAAAGGAUCAUGCUGGAAAUUCAUCCAGUGCAGACCAUGUUAUGGGUGCCGCUUCCCCUAUAGAUGUCCUAAAUAUUCCACAGAUAACAUUUCUGUCAAUAAUGUUAUUGACAAUUGUAAUUGGAAACGCAUGCGUCCUGGCCGCCAUUAUGCUGUCUGACAACGGAAGAAAAACAAGGAUGAAUUUCUUCAUUAUGCAUUUGGCAAUAUCAGAUCUGUCCGUCGGAAUGUUUCUGGUUUCCAUUGAUCUCGCCGAGAAAAUAUUUAUUGAGUGGCUAGCUGGAAACGCUCUGUGUAAAAUAAUAAAUUUUCUGAAGAUCGUCGUUCUGUAUGCUUCCACCUACGUUCUCGUCUCACUCAGCAUCGACAGAUUCGACGCCAUAGCAAGACCAAUGAAUUUCUCCCGGCGAGCAUUCAGGGCCCGUAUGCUGAUCUACAGCGCGUGGAUUUUGGCUGGGAUAUUUUCAAUGCCCGCCCUGGUAUUAUUUGAGGCGAGAACAGAACCUCAGAUGUAUAACUUGACUAUGUGUACGAUUAAUCUGACAGACUUCCAUUGGAAACUCUACUUUACGCUAGUAGCACUGAGCGUUUUCAUCAUCCCCGCCGUGAUCAUCACGGUAUGCUACAGUGUCAUCAUCAUCAUCAUCUGCCAGAAAAGCAAACUGGACGGAAAUAACGCCAAACAGGUCAUUCCAAGACAGAAUGAAGGGGGAGUUUAUGACGUUCUCGGAACAGCGAAUCAUUUUUUUGGCAAGGAGUUUCAUGUAAUAGUUAUGUCGUGUGCAAUGUUUGUCCUCCAAACAGUGUUUCUAGAAGGACGGGGAUUUGGUGGCGCACGACAUGGGAAGGGAACCUCUGUCAUACAGCAGGCCAAAAUAAGAACAAUAAAGAUGACCUUUAUCAUCGUACUAGUAUUCGUGUUGUGUUGGUGCCCGUACAUAGUGUUCAAUCUCCUCCAUCUGUACGCGUUCUCUGACGAGGAGCUGACGUCACCAGUUCUAGGGGCAGCCACUGCUUGGAUUCAAAGCAUGGCACCACUAAACAGCGCCGCCAAUCCAAUUAUUUACGGUGUUUUCAGUACCAGGAUUUGCCGCAAUCUCAGACGUAUCCCGUUGUUUAACUGUAUUGCUAACGCCCUGUGUAGAUGUCAACGAGUACGGAGUGUCAGCGGCAGACUGUCUCAUACAACAUCUUGGAAUGAUCCAACUUACAUGACUGACGCCUCCUUCUCCUCCAAGUAUCGUCGCCCAGGUGUCCGGCGAACGCUCUCCGACUCAGAAAGUACCAUAUUAGCUUCCGGCAGACAUGCGUAUCCGAGAGGGUCGACUCAACAUGGUAAUUUCAGGCGGUCAAUUUCCAGCAGCAGUCAAGAGUUUAAGCCAAUCGGAUACCGUAGGCCAUCGGGUCUACCGUUAGUCAAACGAAAUUUGACUUUUGAAGAUAACCACUUGUUGAAGUCUAUAACUCAGCGACCAACAAAAACGAUAUGUGAAUCAGAAAUAUUGUAAAUAUCUACCAGUACCCAUCAAGUCUAUAAGACUGUUUCAUAUGACAUAUUCCUCGUGAUCCUGGCUUUUGCCUGGUCGUUUAUCCCCUAUUUUGCAUUGUAUUUUUGCAUUUCAACGCUGUAUUGUAAGACAGGAAGCAAGCAGUACAUGCAAUCCCCGAAAAUAGUGUGUAUAUAUUCAUUUCCAUCAGUUUAAGCUUCUAGACGGAGAUGUAUUGACAACAUUUCCAUUAGUUUGAGCUCCUAGACGGCGAUGUAUUGACAACAUUUCCAUUAGUUUGAGCUCCUAGACGGCGAUGUAUUGACAACAUUUCCAUUAGUUUGGGCUUCUAGACGGAGAUGUAUUGACAACAUUUCCAUUAAUUUGGGCUCCUAGACGGCGAUACAUUUACAACAUUUCCAUUAGUUUGGGCUCCUAGACGGAGAUGUAUUGACAAUAUUUUAAUCAGUUUGAGCUCCUAGACGGCGAUAUAUUGACAACAUUUCCAUUAGUUUGAGCUCCUAGACGAAGAUGUAUUGUCAACAUUUCCAAUAGUAUGAACUUCUACGCGGGGGUGUACUGACAACAUUUUUAUCAGUUUGAGCUCCUAGACGGAGGUGUAUGGAUAUUGAUUUCCAGUGGAUUAAGUAUGUGUACCUUGAAAUGUUAAUAAAAAGCUCCCGUAACAGUAAUGAUAGAAACAAGGCGCGGUGUAACUAAUAUCCUCUAAUACAGAGAUAGAACACCUUUGACCGGCAAGAACCUGUAUGACCAACUGGGACCGGACAGUUACCUGAAAUGAACGAUCAAUCUUUAUCAAAGUGAAAUAUUAUAAUUCUAUUUAGCAUUAUUGGUGCAUAUUUGCUAUAAAUGUUGUAAAAUGUUUUGUAAUAUGAUGAAAAUGAUUGUGUUUUUUAAUACAAGAUUACAAUGAAAGGACCAAAAUGGUAUCUUCGAUACCCGUCCAAAAAGUCAAUUUAAAUAAUUUUGAUAAAAUGGUCAUUGGUGAUGACAAUCUUUGACAGGAUUUUAAAAAUGUGAAUAUCGCUGUCUUGACUGAUUGAUUAAAAAUCAUUAGCAUAUUUUUACUUCAAAAAUUAUCAUGUUGAAUGUUUAUGAUAUAUAUACAGUGUAAAAACAAAAAUCUAUAUUUUUAUACACAUUAAGGAAUGUCACAGAUGUAUUUUCUAUACAUGUUAGUCGCCAAUAACUCACCUUGUAUAACUUAUCACUAGGAGACAUUUCGAGAGAGGUUUAAUGGAAUCCGGACCAAAAACGCUUAAUUGUUUUUUUAACCUUAAGACAAACAAUAACAGAUGAGCACAAAUCGAACAUGAUUUAGAUAAUUAUAAAUGUGAUUAUAUUGUGUGAAUUUAUAUUGUUUUCUUAAGAUGUGUAAAAGUCUGUAAUAACCAGUGGAGAAAAGGUGUUUCUAUUUGUUUGAGAGCAGCUUCUUUGUGUAACUUUUGGUCAUAAUGUUUAACCAUUCGUCGUCAAAUAUUUGUGCAUAAUGAUACAUACAUACAUACACACAUACAUACAUAAAUUAAACGUUAAUCAACGGCAGUUUGUGAAUGACCGGUACAAACGCUCUCAUUUAAAGUCGGGUAUAUCAUGUCACCCCAAAUCGAGAGUAUGGAAGGCCAUGUCGGGAGCAUCAUAGUAAAUAUAUAUAUAUAUAAGAGUACACGAAAUGGUAUUGGUUCUCCGUAUUAAAUAGCUUUCUUUAAGUCUGUCCUCGUUCUACACUGUAAAGUCAAACGACAUACAGGGGAAGAUUAUAAAAUGUCAGUUGCGGUGUAAACAUGUUGAUGGACUUUUGUAUGGCAUUUCAGUGUGAAAACACUAUAAAAAACAUUCUUAUGUAAUUCUAGCAUUCACUUCAAUCGCGUGACAUUAGUUGUUGCAAAUGUAAAACUCAUUGCACUGUUUAUGAUGCUUUCAAACUGCCAGUAGACAAAUUUCUCCAAUUUUUUAAAAUGUUGUUUUAUCCUCCAGCUCUAAAUCAUCGACUAUAAGAAGGGUAAUGAUCCCCAUGGGAUUGAUAACAUAUCAUGCUUCUUGGAGAACACAACAAAUAUUUCGGAAACUCGAAAAUGUACGAGUUUACAGUAAUACGCACAAAAAACAACAUUUUUCUUGUUUUACUGCUGGACAAUGUCGAUUAUAAUUCUAGGUCAAAUUUCAUACUAUAGUUAAACAUUUGUAAGUUGUGUUGUUUACUGUGAUAUUGUGAUUUCUGGUUGAAAAAAUUAGCACGUGCUGCUAAUUAUUUUAUUUCGAAAAUUAUGAAAUAUAUGUAUCAUGUGUAUAGGUAAGAUGUUUGUAACAUAUUUCGUAGUAUAUUGUAAAUUUAUAUUAAUAUAUAUAUAUAUACGUGUUUAAAAUUCGACAAUUUAC